AUGACUAGUUCUAAUAUUUUGCUGGAUCAUCAAGACGCCAAACAAGAUGUAGAAAAUAAUACAAAUUACAUGGCUAGGACAACUAAGAGAUGGGUUGAACCUGGUAUGAGAUUAAGCCCGAAACAUUCAAACAACGGCGAUUCUGUACAUGAACCUGUUUUUGACGUCGAGGAUUUUAUUUCACCUGGCCAAUUAUAUUCCACAGAAUCUGGUUGUUUGUUCCAUGCUGGUAGAAUAUUGAUUGUGUUAGUAGGUUUACCUGCAACCUCUAAAACAUUAUUGUCGGUAGCUAUAACUAGGUAUACAAGAUGGUUAGGUGUAAGAACCGAGUCCUUCCAUUUAUCCAAAUAUACCAAAGCGAAUACAAAUAUCCCAUCUUUCUUAUCAGAUGAAUUUUCAACUGUAGCAGGAGCCGAAUUUAAAGAAGAAAUUAUUAGUAAAGUGACUGAAGAUAUGAUGAAGUUCUUUGAUAACGGUAAGGGACAAAUUGCAAUAUAUGAUGCACUAAAUAUCAGAAAGAGUGAAAGAGCUAACAUUAAGAAAACUUUCGAAAAAAAUAAUGUAAAAGUACUUUUCGUUGAAUCGAUUGUCACUGACCCAAAUCUAAUAACCAAGAAUAUCGAAUUAGCCAUUCAAUCGGAAGAUUAUAAAAGUUGGGGGAAACAUGAAGCAAUUAAGGAUUAUACAAAGAGAAUUACAGAAAAUGAAUCCUUAUAUGAAAGAAUGUCUCCAAUAGAAGGUGUAUCUUAUAUCAAAUAUUUGAAUUUUGGUGAAAGAAUUAUAAUGAAUAACACGAAUUAUGGGUAUCUUGUGAAUAAGAUCGUCUUCUUCCUAAUGAAUCUAAGCAAUAAACAGGGUUGUGUUUAUCUAUCUAGAUGUGGUAGAAGUAAUUCAGAUAAAUAUAUAGAUGAUGAGGUUUUAAAUGAAGAAGGGUUGAGAUUUUCUAAGAAAUUAACAAAAAUAGUGAUAGAUAGAGUUAAAGAAAAAAGGUUAGAAAGGAAGGCUAAAGCGAUGGAAUUUAAUAAAAACUCUAAAGAUACAUCAGUAACAGCAGACACCUCCGAGGAAAAUAGUGAGAAUCUAGAACCUAAUUCAUUGGCAGUAUGGACUGCUGAAAGAAAAAGAACAUACGAUACAGCAAUGUUUUUCAAGAAACAUGGAUUCGAUGUACGAAAGAGAUCACAAUUAAAGCAAUUACACCCUGGUGUAGUUGCUGAUAUGACAUUUGAUGAAAUCGAAGAAAAGUAUCCAAAGGAAUACGAAGAAUAUUUAAGAGAUCCCUAUCAUUAUCGUUUCUCAAGGGCUGAAUCGUAUCAUGAUCUAGCUGUGAGAAUGGAACCCUUAUUGUUAGAAUUAGAACAUAUGCAUAACGAUAUAUUGAUUAUUGCUCAUGAGUCUACUUUAAGGGUAUUAUAUGGUUAUUUUAUGGCAUGUACAAGUUUAGAGGUUCCAACUAUGGAUUUUACCAGAAAUCAGCUGGUUGAGAUAUCAUUCAAUCCAUUCAACAAUGUAGUGACACGAAUCCCUAUUGAUAUUUAA